AUGGGUGCGAGAAAUGAAGAAAGUAGGAGGAGCGACAGCAACUGCAUCAGCGACCGCGCGAGAGGCAGGACGCCUGGACUGCGCGCAAAGCUGAGGAGAUCGUAGGUUACGCGGACCGCAAAGAAUGGAAGAACUUCUUCUCUGCGAUCAAAGCUGUCUACGGUCCGCCGACGAAGGGCACUGCUCCUCUCCUCAGCGACGACGGCAGCACUCUCCUGACUGAGAAGACGCAAAUCCUACAACGACGGGCUGAGCAUGUCCGAGGCGUCCUCAACCGCCCCUCCGUCAUCUCCGACGCCGUCAUCGCCCGCUUGCCGCAAGUGGAGACCAACGUGGACCUCGACCUCCCGCCAUCUCUCCAGGAGAUCAUCAGGGCCGUGCAGCAGCUCUCCAGCGGGAAAGCACCCAGAUCGGACGCGAUCUCUGAUGAGGUCUACAAGCAAGAAGGUCCCCAACUGAUGGAUCACCUGACUGCGCUCUUCCAGGUGAUGUGGCGUGAAGCUGAAGUCCCGCAAGAUUUCAAAGACGCAACCAUCGUGCAUCCCUAUAAGCGAAAACGAAACCGCGAAGUCUGCGACAAUUACCGCGGCACUGCCUUUUGA